AGGAGCGCGCACUCACAGCGCGUGAACUCAGUGCAGCAGAAGCCAGCGGCGGCGGGCGCGCGCCGUCAUUCCGACACAUCGAUCCCGGUGACGGACGCCCGGCGGACAUGAACCCGGUGAAACUCCGCCUCAGCUCCGGGGUCGCGCCUCCACACUCGGCUCACAGCAGCGGGGCAGCGCUCCCGGUCCCCGAAGUGCAGCUGUUAACGCCACGUCGACUAAAACAAACAAACUAAGGCUCAAACACUUGUUUCCCUCUAUCGCACCGGCAGUGGGUUUUCUUUUUGUCUCGUUUGCCGCUGUGAGCCAUGCUGGACCCGUCCUCCAGCGAAGACACGGGCGGGGAGUCCGACCCAGAAGUUGUGGAGGAGGCUGCGAGGAAACCUGCCUCCUCAUCGGGGAAACGGGCGAACAGCAGCCGGGCGGGCGGCCAGCAGAGAGAGUCAGCCGCACCUGGACCCGCCGCCGGUAAGGGUGCGAGAGACGGAGCCGAUGCAGGUGAAGAUGAGGAGAGUAAGGAGCGGGAGCGGAUCCAGAGGGAGGAAGAGGAGAGGAAAACUAAACUGCAAAUUUAUGUGCUCGUCCUGCGGUGCAUAGCCUACCCGUUCAACGCCAAGCAGCCCACCGACAUGGCCCGGCGGCAGCAGAAGGUGAACAAGCAGCAGCUGCAGGCGGUGAAGGAACGAUUCCUGGCCUUCCUCAACGGAGAGACUCAGAUUGUGGCAGAUGAAGCUUUCUGCAACGCUGUGAGGAGCUACUAUGAGGCAAGUGACUUCAUGUUUACUGUACUCCCUGUGUAA